AUUUCUUCUGUCAAAGUUGAAUCGCUUUCUCUUUGUUUUAAGUGGAAAAUUUUGAUUUUAUGUUUUUUCGGAAUUUUCAAAAAAAAACCUGUGAGCUCAUAAAUCUUCGCUAGAAUCGGCAGAGAGGAAUCUGCGAGAAUCAAUUACCAGAUUCCGGCGCCGGAGCGCCGAUGAACAAUCAGGUCAAUUAGCAACUCGAUGAUUCUCCCGCGGAAAUAACUAGAUUCGAUUUCGAUUUCCGUGGGGAAAGUUUUUGUGCGCUUUUGAUUUGGUCUGUUCGUCCCUGUUCAAGGGAUAGCGAGAAUGUCUAAGAUAGUAUACGAAGGGUGGAUGGUUAGGUAUGGGAGGAGAAAGAUCGGAAGAUCGUAUAUUCAUAUGAGGUAUUUUGUGUUGGAGCCUCGUCUUUUGGCUUAUUACAAGAAGAAACCUCAGGAUUCUCAGGUUCCUAUCAAGACCAUGUUAAUUGAUGGUAAUUGCAGAGUUGAGGAUCGAGGCUUGAAAACACAUCAUGGACAUAUGGUUUACGUGUUGUCUGUUUAUAACAAGAAAGAAAAGAGUCAUAGAAUUACGAUGGCAGCGUUUAACAUCCAAGAAGCACUAAUGUGGAAGGAAAAAAUCGAGUCUGUUAUAGACCAGCAUCAAGAGUCCCAAGUUCCAAAUGGUCAGCAGUAUGUUUCCUUUGAAUAUAAGUCUGGAAUGGAUACUGGAAGAACUGCUUCAUCUUCAGACCAUGAAAGCCAAUUUAGUGCGCCAGAGGAUGAAGAGGACUCUCGCAGGAGCUUAAUGAGGAGGACAACUAUUGGAAAUGGUCCUCCAGAAUCUGUACUUGACUGGACCAAAGAAUUUGAUGCAGAAUUGGCCAACCAGGAUUCCAACAACCAAGCAUUUUCCAGAAAACACUGGCGUCUCCUUCAGUGCCAAAAUGGUCUUCGGAUUUUUGAAGAGCUUCUUGAAGUUGAUUACCUUCCAAGAAGCUGUAGCAGGGCAAUGAAGGCUGUAGGUGUAGUGGAGGCAACAUGUGAAGAUAUAUUCGAGCUUCUGAUGAGCAUGGAUGGCACUCGUUAUGAGUGGGACUGCAGCUUUCAGUAUGGUAGCCUAGUGGAAGAGGUGGAUGGUCACACAGCAGUGCUCUAUCAUAGACUUCUGCUCGACUGGUUUCCAAUGAUUGUGUGGCCUCGUGACCUCUGUUAUGUCCGCUAUUGGCGCCGUAAUGAUGAUGGGAGUUAUGUUGUGUUGUUCCGUUCUAGGGAGCAUGAGAAUUGUGGUCCACAACCUGGAUGUGUUCGGGCUCAUCUUGAGAGUGGAGGUUAUAAUAUUUCCCCACUAAAACCUCGGAAUGGGAGACCUAGAACACAAGUGCAACAUUUGAUACAAAUUGAUCUAAAAGGGUGGGGUGCAGGCUAUCUUCCAGCAUUUCAACAACAUUGUCUUCUUCAAAUGCUGAAUAGUGUUGCUGGUUUGCGGGAAUGGUUUUCACAGACAGAUGAGAGAGGUCUUACUACCCGGAUCCCUGUCAUGGUUAAUAUGGCAUCAUCUUCCUUGAGCUUGAGUAAGAGUGGGAAGUCGCUGCAUCAGUCUGCCUUUUCUCUUGAUCAAACAAAUUCUGUUCACCGAAACUCUGUGCUCAUGGAUGAAGACUCAGAUGAUGAUGAUGAAUUUCAGAUUGCUGAAUCAGAACAAGAGCCUGAGACUAGUAAAACAGAGGACGAUGUCAAGAGACCAGAAGAACCUGCUCACAACAUUGAUCUGUCAUGCUUCUCGGGAAACCUAAAGCGCAAUGAAAGUGAAAACGCCCGUAACUGCUGGAGGACAUCUGACGGGAACAAUUUCAAAGUUCGGGGCAAGAGUUUCGGUACCGGAGAUAAAAGAAAGAUACCUGCUGGGAAGCAUCUUAUGGAUCUUGUUGCUGUUGAUUGGUUCAAAGACAAUAAAAGAAUAGAUCAUGUUGCUAGACGCAAAGGCUGUGCAGCACAAGUUGCUGCAGAAAAAGGUCUAUUCUCAAUGGUGGUAAAUGUUCAAGUUCCAGGAUCAACACACUACAGUAUGGUGUUUUAUUUCGUGAUGAAAGAGCUCGUACCUGGGUCCCUCUUGCAACGGUUUGUGGAUGGUGAUGAUGAAUUCCGAAAUAGUAGGCUAAAGCUUAUACCAUUAGUUCCGAAGGGCUCAUGGAUAGUAAGGCAAAGCGUGGGAAGCACCCCAUGUCUCCUUGGGAAAGCAGUGGACUGCAACUACAUCCGUGGCCCGACAUACUUAGAAAUUGACAUAGAUAUUGGGUCAUCAACCGUUGCAAAUGGAGUCCUUGGCCUCGUUAUUGGUGUAAUCACGUCUCUGGUUGUGGAAAUGGCUUUCCUUGUACAGGCAAAUACACCGGAAGAACUGCCAGAGAGGCUAAUUGGCGCAGUUCGGGUUUCGCAUAUAGAGCUCUCUUCAGCUAUAGUUCCGAAUCUGGAGACAGAGUAAACCCAUCAGAAAUUACCAUCAAACUUCAUGUAUAAGUUCUGUCACAACAUUGUGUUUGGUGGUUCUUUGGAAUAUAUAUUCUUUAUCUUUGUCCUCCUUUUCAUUUUACAUGUGACUUUGUUUUAAAACAUUUUUUUUUCUUUUUUCUUUUUCUUUGUAAUGUCACAUUAUAGUGGAAAAUAGUUGGUCGUAUAUCUAUUUACAGUCCAUCAAUAUUGCAAUGCGUUUCCUUUA